AUGACUGUGGAGAAAAUGAAGAGUGAAGGUGAAAACUGUGAGAGUUUUCCAGUGGGGAUGCGUGUUCUUGCUGUUGAUGAUGACCCAAUUUGUCUGAAGCUUUUGGACACUCUACUUAGGAAAUGCCAGUACCAUGUUACUACAACGAGUCAAGCGAGAAUGGCCUUGAAGAUGUUGAGGGAAAACAAAGCUAAAUUUGACUUGGUUAUCAGUGAUGUCCAUAUGCCUGACAUGGAUGGCUUUAAGCUGCUUGAACAAGUUGGCCUCGAAAUGGAUCUGCCCGUCAUCAUGUUAUCUGCGAAUAGUGACCCCAAACUUGUGAUGAAAGGUGUCACUCACGGUGCUUGUGAUUACUUGGUUAAACCCGUACGGAUUGAGGAGCUGAGAAAUAUAUGGCAGCAUGUGAUAAGAAGAAAGAAGUUUGUGUCCAAGAAUGAGAAUAAUCCGGCUGAUCAAUCCAAACCUAAUCAAGCGAGUGGCGAAGGACAAGGUGGGACUAUCCCGGAUAACGGUGAUCAGAAUGGGAAAACGAAUAUUAGAAAGAGGAAAGACGAUGAAAAUGUGAGCGAAGAUGGGAAUGAAAAUGAAGACCCUGCAACUCAAAAGAAGCCUCGUGUUGUCUGGUCCAUUGAGCUCCACCGGAAGUUUGUAGCGGCCGUGAACCAGUUGGGCAUUGAAAAGGCUGUUCCGAAAAGGAUUCUUGACUUGAUGAAUGUGAAUGGGCUUACCCGAGAAAACGUUGCUAGCCAUCUGCAGAAAUAUAGGUUGUACCUCAAACGAAUAAGCUCGGUCGCGACUCAGCAAGCCAACAUGGCGGCUGCAUUCGGAGUAAAGGACUCGCCUUUCAUCCGCAUGGGCCCGUUUGGUGGCCUCCCAAACGCGGCCUUCACACACUACGCACCCGGGGGAAUGCUCGGCCGGCUAAGCGCACCCACCAACAUGAACCUAAUACGCAACAUCUCUCCAUCUGCAUUCAUCCCGCCGAAUUCCCUCAACGCCCUUGGGAAAAUGCCGAACCCGAACAUGAACCCGAACCUGUUUCCAGGGAUCCAGCUGUCUUUAGAACUCGACUCGAACAAGCAAGGAGCUGUAGGUGGGCCCAGCAAUGUAGUGAAUGGAAAUUUCCAGCAAACGUUGAGUAAUGGGCCUUUUGGGCCCGACUCGUUUGGUGUCAACAGCAUUGAAACAUCCUCUGUGAUGCAGCCGAAUAACUCGUUAAUUUCCGGGCAGCCAUUUAAUUUGGCUAUAAAUAGCACGAGGGACGGUAGUUUUUCAGGCGAGCCUAAUUAUGUGUCGAGCCACUCUAUUGACAUGUCGUCGUCUGGGCCUGGGAAUGGGAUGGCUUUGUCUUUGGAUGAUUUGGGUGGUGAACAGGGGCAAAAUGGUCACAGUUCAAAAGUUGGUUACGGUUCUUUGAACGGCGAGAAGUCGCAGCAAGGAGGGUUCGGAGGUCGCGGUUAUGAUCCGUUGGAUGAUAUGGUGAAUGCUAUGAUCAAAAGGGAACACGAUGAAAAGGAUCUGAACUGCGAUUUCGGGUUAGAUUGUUAUUCAUUCGGGCAAGGAGGUGUAUGA